UGUGCAAACUUAAAACCUAGUGUGACUUAUAUCCUCAAUGGAGGUGUUGUAACCUAUGGUUUUGAGGAAGUGGCCUUCGUAGCCUUGUGGUUUGUUCUUGCGUACAUGUUUUGAAGGAUGGCAGGAAGGAGAGGCUGGCGAUCUUCUCCUUGCUUCGGUAGGGGUAGUGAUGGUAGGAAGGCUUUUAGGACAGGGAACUAUUGGAAGGUAUUGGAAGGCAAGAGUUUUGGGGCAUGUGAACAAGUAUUCCAGGACGUCCAAGCUGUUGGGUUCGACCAUUUAGCGACAAAAACUUCAUUUGAGGAGAUCGAGUUGCUUUCUUUGGAUGAUGACCAGUUAUGCAGGGGCGAUCCUUGGAUUGUGGACGGAAGGAUUAUUAGCCUUGAUCGGUGGUCGUGUUUCUUUAUAUUGAGGAUAUAAAGGGGUUUGUCACACCAAUUUGGGUCCAGUUUCCUCGAUUUCCUCUAAUGUAUUGGGAUCCUUCCAAUAUUGUUUGCAUUGCUGCUAUGAUUGGUGAACCUCUUUAGAUGGAUGGACAAUCUUCAUCUUGGGCUCAAAGUUAUUUUGCUCGAGUAUGUGUUCGCAUUGAUUUAAGAUAGAAACUCUCCAUAUGUUUUUGGAUUAAAGUCCUUAAUGGAAGGUUUUUUCAAAGUUGAGUAUGAGUGCCUCUAUC